GCCAUGAAUCCCUACAGCAACAGCUCCAACCCCGAGUUCCCCCUGUCCCAGCAAGACUUCCCCACGGAGCCCCUCAGCCCAGAUGUCUGCAACAGGACUCACCCGGGGGCCUUGUUAGACCCCAAGGAUGCCAACCUGACCGAGGAGCAGUUGCGGCACAAGUACCUGGGGCCUCAGCGGUCCAGCUUCUUUGUCCCUGUCUGCGCCAUCUACCUGCUGAUCUUCGUGGUGGGGGCUGUGGGCAACACGCUCACCUGCAUCGUCAUCCUCCGGCACAGGUUCAUGCGGACGCCCACCAACUACUACCUGUUCAGCCUGGCGGUGUCCGACCUGCUCGUCCUGCUGCUGGGGAUGCCGCUGGAGCUCUACGACAUGUGGAGCAACUACCCUUUCCUCCUGGGCGCCAGCGGCUGCUAUUUCAAGACGCUGCUCUUUGAGGCUGUCUGCUUCGCCUCCAUCCUCAACGUCACGGCCCUGAGCGUGGAGCGAUACAUCGCUGUAGUUCAUCCACUGAAGGCCAAAUAUGUAGUGACCAGGAACCAUGCCAAGAGGGUCAUCGUCACCAUCUGGGUCAUGUCGGUCAUCUGCUCCAUCCCCAACACCAGCCUCCAUGGGCUGCAGCCUCUCUGCGUGCCGGGCCGGGGGCACGUGCCCGAUUCGGAGAUCUGCACCUUGGUGAAGCCACGCUUGAUUUACAACCUCAUCAUCCAGAUCACCACCAUUCUCUUCUUCUUCCUGCCCAUGGGGACUAUCAGCAUCCUGUACCUGCUCAUCGGCCUGCAGCUCAAGAGAGAAAGGAUGCUCCAGACCUUAGAAGCCAAGUCAGAGGGCAACUGCAGCUAUCGCAACAGCCAGGGGCAGAAGAAAGUGAAGAGGAGGCAGGUCACGAAGAUGCUGUUCGUGCUCGUGGUGGUGUUYGGGAUCUGCUGGGCGCCCUUCCACACCGACCGCCUCGUCUGGAGCUUUGUCUCCGACUGGACCAGCCACAUGCUCUUCAUGUUCCAGUAUGUCCACAUCAUCUCGGGCGUCUUCUUCUACCUGAGCUCGGCAGCCAACCCCAUCCUCUACAACCUGAUGUCCACACGCUUCCGGGAGAUGUUCAAGGAGGUGAUGUGUCCCCCCGGCCACCGCGCACUCGGCUCCCGCAAGUACUCGCCCAGCGUCACCCGCRCCACCACGCGCAGCACCGAGUGCGAGCACAUCCCCGGCGCCAACAGCCUGCCCCUCUCCGACGCCGAGGAGUACGAGAUGGAGGAGGUGGAGCGGGCUGAGCCUGGCACCCAUUAG